AUGGAUGAAGUGGGUAUAUCAAUAGCAGCAAAACUUGCUGAAUAUUUGGUGGAUCCUACUUUGCGCCAAUUGCAAUAUUUGUUUUGUGGCGGAAAAAUCACCAGAAAUGUUGAGACCAAAAAGGAGGAAUUGAUACUGAAGCAAGGGAGGGUGCAAGAACGUGUUGAAGAAGCCAUUAAGAGGACUGAGAGAAUCGAUGAUGAGGUUAACAAGUGGAAGAAUGAGGUGGUGAGGCUCAUAGCAGAUGUGGAGAACUUGGUGCAAGAACUUAAGGCCAACAAUGGCUGCUUUCAAAGGUGGUGUCUUAUUGGGAGGAGAUAUCAUCUCUGCAAAGCGUUGGCAAAGACAGCCCAGCAGAUGACAGAGCUAAAUACAAAGAGUGAUCAAUUCGAACCAUUUUCCCAUCAUGUUGUUGUUCCAGAUAUAGAGUAUCACUCUUCUAAAGAUUUUAUGUUUUUCAAGUCAACAGAAAUGGCACAUGAUCAACUAUGGGAGGCACUGCAAGAUGAUGAUAGCUCUAUAAUUGGGUUGUGGGGUAUGGGCGGUUCGGGCAAAACCACAUUGAUAAAGGAAGUAGGAAAGAAAGCCAAAGAAUCAGGGCUAUUUGAUCGAGUUAUAAUCACAACAGUUUCCCAAACUCCAAAUAUUAGGAAGAUUCAGGGUGAACUUGCAGACUUGAUGGGACUUGAGUUGAAGGAAGAAACUGAAGUGGGAAGGGCGAGAAGAAUUGCAAUGAAAUUACAAAGUCGAGACGAGCGAAUUCUGAUUAUAUUGGAUGAUGUAUGGGCUACAUUGAACCUUGAGGAUAUUGGGAAUCCCUUUGGGGAUGACGGUCCAGGAAAUUGCAAAGUUGUCCUGAUCACACGUCGUCAAGAGGUAUGUACUUUGAUGGAUUGCCAAAAAAUUAUUCCAUUAGGUCUGCUAACAGAAGAUGAAGCUUGGGAUCUAUUUCAAACUCAUGCUAAAGUAGAUGGUAGUGCUAGAGAAGUGGCUAAAGCAGUUGCUGUGGAAUGUAAAGGACUACCCAUUGCAAUUGUGGCCAUGGCAAAGUGCUUAAAAGGAAAAGGACUUGAUGAGGCAAAUGUAGUAUUGCACAGGUUGAGACAUUCAAAGCCAGUUGAUGUGGAUAAGGGAGGGAGUGAUGCUUUUACUUGUCUCAAGUUAAGCUAUGAUUAUUUGAGAACUGUAGAAGCCAAAUUGUUGUUCUUGAUGUGUGCCAUGUUUCCUGAAGAUCAUGAAAUUAUCAUUGAAGAUCUUUUUAGAUAUGGAGUUGGGUUGGGCCUAUGUGAAGAUGCUGACUCAUUUGAAAUAGCAAGGAGUCAAGUUAUAACAGCUAUAAAUGUUCUUAUUGACUCUUCAUUAUUGAUGUUUUUUGUCAACUUCAAGAAUGGAAAAUGUGUGAAAAUGCAUGACAUGGUUCGUGAUGUAGCUUUAUGGAUAGCAUCUAAAGAGCAUGGCACCAUUAUGGUAAAUUGUGCAAGACAAUUUAAUGAAUUUCUUGAAGAUGAAGUAGUAAAAGAUUGCUAUGCAGUAUCUUCAUGGAAUGAAAAUACUAAGUUGCUUCAAUUCCCUUCUCAAUUCGACGCUCCAAAGCUUGAGGUUCUAUUGUUAAAUUCAAGCGACCCCCUAGAUUUAACACUUGCAUCAUUUGAAGGUGUUAAAGGAUUAAAAGUUGUAGCUGUAAUUAACAAUGGAUAUGGCUGUCAGACAAAAUUAGUACCUCAGUCAAUACAAUGGUUGUCCAAUCUUCGGACUUUGCGCUUGCAAGGUUGGCAUUUAGGUGAUAUUUCUUUUGUGGUGAGCCUUAAAAGACUUGAGAUUCUUGACUUGAAAGGCAGCAAGUUAAAAACAGUGCCAAAUGGAAUUGAGAAACUAAAUUUUAUGAAAUUGCUCGAUUUGUCACAGUGUACGGUAGAAGAGUGUUUUUGUAAAGUAAUAGGAAGGUGUUUGCAGCUAGAAGAAUUGUAUGUUUCUAGAGAUUUACAGCCUUCAGGAUACACAAUUUGUUAUGCAUGCUUUGUGGGUGUCCCUACUUAUCCAAAACUGAGAAGGUAUUCAUUAGAAAUGGGGCAAUACGGUAGACCUGUGUUCUGGAAUAAAGGCUUAAGAGAGUUACUCUUGGGAGAGUUAAAUAUCUCCAUUUCAAGUGCAAUAAUCAAGGAUCUUGCACAAAGAGCAACCACAAUUGAAUUUUAUAAGCUUCAAGGAGGCUGCAAAAGUUUCAGUCCAGAUGUGGUUCAAGCAGUAGGAGGCUUGAAUGAGUUAACCAAACUCUGUCUUCGACGCUGUUCUGAGAUUGAAUGCUUUACUGAUCAAACUAUUCCUCAUGAAGACAUACUUGUCCUUAGAUUGGUUGAGUUGGUGUUGGAGUAUAUGGAUAAUCUAAAACAACUAUGUCACAGUCCUUCUAAUCUUACCUUAUUCCUAAAUCUAGAAAGUCUAUAUGUAGAAAGUUGCCGUCAAUUGGUCAACAUGUUUCCUGCUAAUUGCAACUUAGGCAACCUUAAGUUCCUCAACAUUGUCAACUGUCCGAUGUUGACAUCUCUCUUCUCCAUCUCUGUUGCUUGCACUCUGUUAUGUCUAGAAAAACUCACAAUAAAGGGAUGUCAUGAAUUGAAGCACAUAAUUGAGGGGGAGGAUGGUGCUGAUAUAUGGGAGGAUCCGAGAUUCUCAAAAUGGGAAAUUCUAUCUAGAUGCUCCUCAGUUGAAAUUUGUGUUUGGCAAAAAUGGUGA